UUGAGAGGGAGAAAGGACGGGUGGUGGAAGAUACAGUAUGAUUUUCCCAAAGAAGACUAAUUAAGACUUUCUAGCAGCAGACACUGAUAUAAAAGAUUCAACUUGAUUCAAUUGUACAUCCAGAAAUGCUGAAGAUGGACAAGGAGGAAGAACCCAUGAGUUUUAAUGAAGCUGUAAACAAGGCGACUAAUUCAAUCCAACGUUUUCCUCUGAUUGAGGUUCAAGGCGUACCACUUAGGAAUUGGAUCGCUCAAAACUGGAGUUCAAUUUGGGCUUUCUGCCCUCAUCCAUCUGAUUUGCUCAUCUCCACCUACCCCAAAUCAGGUACCACAUGGGUCCAAGAAAUAGUGGACCUGCUGCUGCAUAAUGGAGACCAUGAGAUUUGUAAGAGAGCACCAACAACUGUGCGCAGCCCUUUUUUGGAGGUCCAUUAUCCUCCUCCAAUUCCAUCAGGACUUGACCUACUAAAAACAAUGAAACCUCCCAGAGUCAUUAAGACACACUUACCCAUACAGCUGGUACCUGAAGGAUUCUGGGAAAAUAAAUGCAAGGUCAUUUAUGUGGCUCGAAAUGCUAAAGACAAUGCGAUCAGCUACUACCACUUUGACCGAAUGAAUCUGGUUCAUCCAGAACCAGGAUCAUGGGAAGAAUAUCUCCAGAAGUUCAUGGAAGGAAAAUUGGCUUGGGGAUCUUGGUACAAUCAUGUGAAAGGUUACUGGAAGGAAAAAGAGAAGAGGAAUAUCCUUUACAUGUUCUUUGAGGACAUGAAAGAGAACCCUCGUCGAGAAACAGUGAGGAUCAUGAAGUACCUGGACUUGUCGCUAUCUGAUGAAAUCAUUGACAAGAUUGUGGAGUUGACAUCCUUUAAAGUCAUGAAAGAUAACCCAAUGGCCAACUACUCAACCACCCCAAACAUCAUAUUUGACCACUCCAUCUCUGCUUUCAUGAGAAAAGGAGAGGUUGGAGACUGGAUGAAUUACUUCACUCCAGCUCAGUCCCAGAUGUUUGAUGAGGACUAUGCCAGAAAAAUGGCUGAUGUAGACAUGCCCUUUCGCACCAGCAUAUAGAAGGUGUCACAGAAAAGAACUGGAACCUACGCUGACAUCUACACUUCACAAAACAUAGAUAUGCAAAGAUAAUUUUGAUUAUUUUCAGCAAGUAUAGUGUUACACUAUGAUGAAAAACUUAAAAAUAAAUAAAUAAAUAAAAUAAAAAAUCUGUUUUAUAAAUUUGUACAUGGUAACAGCAUGGAGAUUUACCAAGCUUUAAUAAUAAAUUUUACUAUUAAAAUACAACUACCCUGUUUGACCAACACUGAAUUUAUGAUCAUGUAUUGUGGUUAAUAAAAACAUUUUGACAUAAUGAAUCCUCACGUGAACACAUGGGCAGAAAAAUAUUUAUUAUAUUAUAUUAUACUAUAUUAUAUAUUAUAUAAUAUAAUAAUAAUAAUAAUAAUAAUAAUAAUAAUAAUAAUAAUAAUAUAUAGGAAGUAAGAAUAUAUAAUAAUAUAGGAAGUCGUGGCCUAAUGGUUAGAAAGUUUUACUCCUAACCGUAAGGUUGUGGGUUCGAGUCUCGGGCCGGCAAUACAACGACUGAGGUGCAAGGCACCGAACCCCCCCAACUGCUCCCUUGGCGCCGCAGCAUAGAUGGCUGCCCACUGCUCCGGGUGCGUGUGUGUUCACUGCUGUGUGUGUGCACUUUGGAUGGGUUAAAUGCAGAGAACGAAUUCUGAGUAUGGGUCACCAUACUUAGCUGUAUGUCACGUCACUUUAUACUAUUAUUUAAUACUAAUACUAAUAUAUAAUAAUACUAUUCUAACAUUUAAACUACUGACAGGCAAGGUAAAUAACAGAUCAACUUGCAGUGAAGUCGUGGAACAUUUCAGGCUGAGAGUUAGUAUAGUACAAAUUGCUGAAAAAGUUAAUGCUGGCUUGGAUAGAAAAGAUGUCAGUACUCAGAGUGCAUCACAGCUUGCUGCGUAUGGAACUUAAUUAUUGAUCAUGUAUUGGGGUUAACAUCAUUUUAUCUUUUCCUGUGUAUAUAGUUGUAUAGCUGCAGACUGUGUGCCAAUACUGACCCCUGUUCACCAUCAAAAGCAUCUACAAUGGACAUGUAAGCAUCAGAACUGGACCAUGAAGCAAUGGAAGAAGCAGUCUUGUGGAUUUUAUGCCUUGAAGAGGCAAACCUAAUGUAACGAGUCUGUCUGUGUUUUGCCCUGUUCUGUCUGCUGGUUUACCUUGCUGUUAAUUGCCCCGCCCACUUGUUUGUUGCCAUGGACACUAAUUGCACUCCAUCUCUCCCUCAGGUGUGUUGUCUUAGUCACUGAUUGUCUCUGCUUGGUGAUUGGUUCCUGUUUGUUAUAUCUACUCUGUUUGUUCACUUCCCUCGUGUUGGUCGUUGUUGAAUGUUUGUGUCUAUGUUCCUGUUUGCUCAGUGUUCUGCCCUGUUUUGCCUGCCCGUCUGUUUGCCUGUUUCUUGUUUUGGUUUAUUAAAAGACUUAACUGCA